UGUAUUCUCAUAAGCGCAGCAUGUAUCUAGCUAUACUAAGCGCUACUUUCACAGUUUACACGGCAGAUGGAUGGAGCCAGACGACCACAGGAAUGGCAAACAGCAGUCGGACCUUUUCUGAUGUGAGGAAUGUGAUCCUGUCGGCCCAUAAAAACACAGGGGCCCAAGAUAAGGUUGGCUUCUAUGAUACCUGGGCUGAAAACUAUGAGCAGGAUGUAGCGCUGCUGGAUUACCGUGCUCCCUUGUUGGCAGCUGAGUGUGUGAGCUCAUUUUUCAGAGGUGACAGAGAGAAGGCCGCUGUCCUGGAUGUGGCCUGUGGAACAGGCCUGGUCUCUGCACAUCUGAAGAAAAUGGGGUUUCGUCAUUUUGUUGGAAUAGAUGGAAGUUUGAAGAUGCUGGAGUUGGCAAAGAAAACUGGACUUUAUCAGCAGCUUACGCUUUGCCUGCUCGGUCAAGAAGAAAUUCCUGUUAAAUCAGAAACAUAUGAUAUUGUUAUAAUUGUUGGAGCUCUAAGCGUUGGGCAGGUGCCUUUAACAGUCAUCAGAGAACUCUGGGAUGCUACGAAACCAGGUGGCUAUGUGUGCAUGACUACAAGAGGGAACACUGAUAACCAGGAGUACAAGGCUGAGCUGGAGCAAAUGAUCAGGGCACUUGAGGAAGAGCAGAAAUGGAGCCGUGUGACUGUAGUUGAGGUGGAGGAGUGGGAGAAGGCCGUUUCAGAACAGGAUAGCAAGUACAUUCCAGGAGCCAUUUAUUUGUAUCAGAAAGGUUUUAAAUGCAGUCCAUGAUUUUAGGACCACACAAGUGGAAACCCAAUGACCAAAUAUGCUCAAUAAUCCAUGCAGCUAAUCUAAAGAGUUUUUGUUCCCCAGAGAA